CUGGCUCAAAAAUCAAUAGCUUGCUUGCCCAUGUCCAAGCUCACAACGUACCGGACGCCUGGGUACGAUGAUGAACCUCCUCGGUCCCCCCAGCUCAGCACGGACGACGACGACGAUACGGGUAUGCAUCCGAGGGAUUUGGACGAUUCGUUUGCAGUCAUGGAGGCCUCCAGGAUUCCAAAGCCAGAUCGAAACAGCAUCCCGAACCAUGGCGGUGAAGUCACGGCGUUGAAGCCGUCGAUCCUUCACUGCUGGCCGUUGCUGUUUGGACUGCUGUACCUGGCGGGCACGGGGUUCGGUGUGUCGAAACUCGUUAAAGCCGGAUGGAUCGACCCCGAGUAUGGGAAUGCCACAUAUGCUCAGUACCGAGAGGAUUCAGUGAUCGGGGAAAGCUGUCGGGGCGUGGACCACGCCGUGCCUUGGCGCGAGCUCAAGCGAAAGCUCAAGCGAUGUCGCCGUCACGAGUACUACGACCCGAUGCACGACGAUUGCCAUCUAUGUCCUGCCGCCACGCCCGAAGACAAGAUCUUUGCCGUGUUCUGGGAGACCCAAAAGGACUGCACACGGCUCGUGGAAGACUUGAGUACGCGAUACGUGACGCACGUCAUGUGGUCGUUUGCCGAGCCGCUCGAUGACGGCACGAUCAACACCAAGCUGCAGUUCUGGGACGACGAGCACAUCCGCGACUGCAUUGGCCAGCUUCGCAUGCGGUGCAUCAAGAGCAUGAUCGCCGUGGGCGGCGCGUCCUUUCGCGAGCGCUUUCUCCCUUUGAAAUCCCCCGACAACCUCGCGCGGUUCACAGCGACUGCCGUCCAGCUCGUUCAAUUGUACGACUUUGAUGGGAUUGACAUCGACGACGAAACUGGCAACAUGGUGGCCACCGGCGGCAACUGGCUCAAGAGCCACGGACCGACGGUGGUCAGCUAUUUGACUGCGUUGCGCGAAGGGCUGGACGCGGUGCAGCAUCCGGACGAGCCGCGGUACUUGCUGUCAUGGGACGAGUUCCCGUACGCGUGGGACCCGCCCCAGCCAGACAACGCCAACUACGUGGGAUGCAUCCGGUACACCGAAGGCGAAGAUGGGUGGCAUCGGUGCUACGAGCCGCGGAUCUCCAACUUGGUGGAUUUUGUAAAUGUCAUGUUUUACAACAUCAACGGCGGCGAAGCCGUGUACCGCGCAGUGAUUGAAGACACGCUGCCCAACAAAGCCGCCUCGGUGAUCCCCAAAGACAAGAUUGUCGUUGGGGCGUGCUGUGGGAUGGGGUGUGUGACGCUCCAACCCCCCGGCCAGGAAGUAUUUAACGCUGGCAACGGAUCCGCCUACUAUAAAGGCACGAUGCUUUGGAGUUCGACGAUUGACAUUCUGUAUGAAAACUCGAGCUCGACGCAUCGCAUGGGGCGCGCCGGCAACUACGGCGUCAAGAUGCCGUUCCGUAUGCCGCCGCCGUAGAAAGCGUCCGAGCCUCAUUUAUAGCUGCUUGACUACCACCACCAACUUCACUGGUAUCGUAAACAAAGUAGACAUUUCACACGUGUGAACAGUUCGGAUUGGUCCGAUUGGUGCGUUUGUUCGACGCUAGAACGUUUGAAUUCAGAGGUGAGGUAAGCAUGUAAUUUACAUAUAUGAUAGGAUACAAACUUCAAAUGAAAGCCACGCUGGAC